CCAAGCGCUGCGGCAAAAUGUCAUAUCUCCCCGGCCGGUCUCAGAGGACGACGUCCCCGUACUGUACUCGUCCUGUACGUGUGUCUUCUGCUGGCAGGGACUCACUACUUCUGUCCCCUUCCCGCCUCCUCUGCGUCCCUCACAGUCUUUUUGAUCCUUUUUGGAGCAGAAGCGCAGAGAAAAGUGACGGCUGGAGUCUGUGGAGACCAAAGCAGAAAGUGACUUUGAGUUUGUGAAUAUUUUUAUUAAAUGCAGCUGAGGUCCGUGAAUCUGAGUGUGAACUGCGGGUUAAACUCGAGAAAAGCCCGAAGAGGCGAGCGGAGCAUCGUGAGCUCUCUUCUUCAGCUCUCACGUCUUGAGUGUAAAAGCUCCUGGAUGCAGACUCUCCCGUCGCGGUCGGUACAAACGGGGGCUUUUCACGGCCUCACGUCCUCCCUUCGCUCCCGCUUCUCCGUCCAGCAGCAGCGCGUCGCAGCUGUGCGUAAAACCCGAACCCUCCCCCUCAUCUCCGAGACCAGACCUGUCCCAACCGGGCUGUGAGGAGGACCGCCGAGCGUCACAGCGUCUCUGUCUCUUAUCUCCUGUCCACACCAGCGAACCACCAUGGACGUGUUUAAGAGCCGCCUGCAGGGGAUUUCCGUGGCCGUUGCGCACGGCGUGUUCUCGGGCUCUCUGAACAUCCUGCUCAAGUUCCUCAUCAGUAAUUAUCACUUCAACUUCCUGACGCUCAUCCAGCUGCUGACCAGCAGCACCGCGGCGCUCACUCUGGAGACCCUCCGACGGCUGGGGAAGAUCGAGGUUCCUCCGUUCAGCAUGCAGCUCUCCAAGGAGUUUGGCCCGGUGUGUAUCCUCUCCACGCUGCAGUCCACACUCACUCUGUGGUCUCUGCGUGGCCUCAGCCUGCCCAUGUACGUCGUGUUCAAACGCUGCCUGCCGCUCUUCACGCUCAGCAUCGGCGUGUGUGUGCUGAGGAACGGCGUGCCCUCCAUCGGUGUAGUGACCGCUGUGAUCAUCACCACGGCGGGAGCUGCGCUGGCUGGUGCUGGCGAUCUCACCGGCGACCCCUUCGGUUACGUCACCGGCGUGUUGGCGGUCAUCAUCCACGCCUCCUACUUAGUCCUGAUCCAGAAAAGCAGCCUGGACAGCGAGUACGGACCGCUCACAGCACAGUAUGCCAUCGCCACCAUGGCCUCACCGGUGCUCCUGGUGUGCUCCAUCAUCUCCUUGGACACCAUCAGCAUGUGGUCGUAUGAAGGCUGGAAGGACCCUCACAUCACGGGCAUCUUCAUCUGCUGUAUCUUCAUCGGCUGUGCCAUGAACUUUACCACGCUGCAUUGCACCUACAUCAACUCCGCCGUCACCACCAGCUUUGUUGGUGUAGUCAAGAGCAUUGCCACCAUCACUGUUGGCAUGCUGGCGUUCAGUGAUGUUGCCCCGACUGGGUUGUUCAUCGGCGGCGUGGUGGUCAACACCGUGGGCUCCAUUACCUACUGCGUGGUCAAAUAUUAUGAGAUGAAGAAGAAAAGCUUAUAUGAGAAUCUGGAAGAGGCGGGAAAGGAUGGUGCGCUGCCGGGAGAGCCUUACGGAGAGAAACCAGCGCUGAGCGGCGACGGACCUGCUGCUGGCACUGGAUCCGAUCCAGCGAAUCCAGAGAUAGAAGGAGUGUUGAGCAGUGAUGGGAAGGAGGCAGCACCAGCUGGACUGGCUAACGGAGAGGCAUGGACAGGAGAUGGUGGACAUGGAGAGGCAGGCGUGAAUUCCAGCGUCAUGACGGAAAAGGAGGUGCUGGAGAUGCAGAGGGAGCACCUUCAAAGGGAAAACACUACCUCUAGUCAGUCGGUUAGUGACAGCUAUCUGGGUGUGUGGAGGUCCAUCAGACAUCUGCAGUUCAUGAAAAAAGACCCUUUGAUUAAUAACAUGGAGCAGCAGAGUCCAUAAGGGCAGGACAGAGACCUGAACAGACCCAGAAAAGAAAACUGAAUGAAUUAGAGGAUUAAAAAAAGAAAGGUCUUGAACAUGCUGAAGAGACUAGAGGAGAAGAAAAGGACACAGGCAGAAUGAAGACGAGAGACAAAAGCUCUACGUCCACCGGGAACCUUUUUUAUCGGCUUUAGGUGUGCUGAACAAACGCUUAUUGGAAACACUGGGCAUGUUUGCUGCUGUUGCUGUGAUACCUCAAUGAAAGCUUUUGUACUGAAAGUUCAGUUUCAUCACACAAAGCUUCGAAUGAAAAGAACAGGCUUUCGGCUUUGAUUAAAAGCAGGAAACAGAGUCGUUUCAUUUGUUCACGAUGAGGACAGAAAGAGGCUCCUGGUGGAGUGAAGUGGAUGGAGGGUUUUGGUCGGAGCUGCCUGUCUCGGAUGAAUUCUGCCUCUGGUCUCCUUCAGCUCUGAGGCAUCUGGCGGGGACCAGGCCAACCAUGGCAGCAUGAUUUGGUUUGGUCUGCGUCUCCACUCAUUAGACAAACAAAAGCAGGUCAUAAAUUUGUAAAAUAUGGAAUCUCGUGCAAACUCGAGUGUCGCAGCCAAUCAGGGAACAGCUUAAAAGUUUCUGUUUGAUUACGUUAUAUGAAAAGCUGGGUGAAAUCUUGUUUCUGAUUGGCUGAAGCGUUUUAAUUAAAACCUCGCACGUGUGGAACAGAUCAGAUUUAUUCACUUGUAAAAGCAUGCUCUGGCCACAAAACGCAAAUGAAUCUGCAGCUGUGUUUGUUGCUUUAAAUCUGAAUGACUUUGAUUUGUUUGUCUCAUUUUACCCUGGAGGUGCACUGUCACACUUGUUUACUGUUUUAUGCUUCAUGUGUCUGCCAGCCUCAGCACAAAAGCAGCUGUACAGGCUUCCUGUGCAAGCAGCUUAGUACGACCGCCGCGUGUGCAUUGUUAGGCGGGGACCUCUAGUGGCCGUAGUAAUUACGACAAGAGCGAAGCCAAGUAGUUUGGUGCCUAAACCGAACCAAACUGUGUCUGCUUUGUACAUCCAUCACGUCACUCCUGUUGCUGGUUAUGGUCAUAUAUCGUUUUAUAUCUCGCAUAUUUGUUCAGAUAUGAGGACGUGUCUGCUUAGCAUCUGAGACACAAAACUACAUGAGCGUCUCUUCUGAAAUAUGUAGGAAAAACUGAGUGAAAAUAGUAACGAUAGUGAGGUAUUUAUAUCUAUAUUGUUUCUUUCUUCGUGGUGCUGCAGUCACACGCGGUCGCACAGCUCAGCGAUAGCUAGUGAGGAUAACUGAACGAACCAGGCUGGAGGGUGCUCGUGUCCAAGCUCUGCCACUGAAUGGCUGGUGUUCAGCUAACAACAGUCUCAAUUGGGCUUUCUGCUGUUGAAAACUGAAUUGCUUUUCAAAAAAAUCAGCAGCAACAUCUUCCCAGAAAGAAUGUCUUGCUGCUCUGAUUAAUCCAUAAAUCUGACUGUGACUGUGAACAUUUAUUACUAUUUUUUCCCCUCCGGCACAAAAGAGUUGCCAAUAAUUGGUGCCCACGGGGAGAUUUGUAUGGAGGCUGCCUCGAUGUGGUGGGUUUACAUCCUUAAAUACUCACCUUGUGAUGGAUUAUCUUUCCUGCCUUUCCACACUCUUUGAAGGCAGCUUGAGAAAAGGUCUUGAUGGGUGGUGGAUCAGCUGCUGUUUAAUCGUUUUACAGCUGUGCUUAGAUUUGGAGCAUGUUUAGAUGACCCCAAAAAACUACUAAUGCUAAACAGAACUGAGAUUGAUCUACUCAGAUUUCAAAGGUGCAAUCAGAAAUCUGUGAUCAGUAAAUCAAAUUCAAUCAAUUAAAUCCUGUUAAUCUGUCAGUCUUUACAGCUUUGGUGUGAACAGUCAGCAUUCAUUCCCCAGUGAAAUGACGAGAUGAGAAUCACUGCAAGGCCUGCUGAAACAGCCUGGAUGUUGACACAAGUUGAAAUAGAUCAAAAAUCACUUGCAAAUCAUCAUCAUUUAUUUUUUACAUGGUGAGGAGGAAAGCUUCACUAACGUUAGCUAACAGCUAGCUAGGUAACCUCGUAACCUACAUUAGCUACGUAGCUAACAUAGCUAACCUACGCUAGCUACGUAACGUCCGCCCACAUGAGCUCAGUCAUGUGUCUUCAGCUUCUUCUUUUCUGUAUUUAGCUCCUGACUGGAAACAUUAAUGUCUUCUUUUCCACAAGGAAAAAAGCAUCGUGAAUUGUGUGGAGAGAAAAAGCUGUCAACCAGUGAUAUUGAUUGAUAUUGAUUUUUCUUCUCACAGUCCCAAACUUCAUUUAACGGUACAAAAGACUGGUGUCCCCUGAAGCUGCAGCAGGUCGGGUGUUUGGAGCAGCCAGCUUCAUUCUCACCAUCAACGUUUUUCUAAAGAGAUGUUAGAGCAUGAGACGUGACUUGUUUGGUGUUUCAGGUAUGUUUUUGGGUGAUGAUGAGUCAGCGAUGAACUCGUGUAAUGUGUCGCUGUCAUUGUUCUUGUAAAUGAGAUUCCAGAUGCCAAGAGUGCAUGAAUAUAUUUGAAAUGUUUUUUCUUUGUACAUGCCAACAGAUGUUUACGCUGCUGACUCAAAUCAUGCUUCAGUUUUCAAUCUGCAUUUUGUAGAACAAGUCAACACGUCACAGCAGUUUGUAAAAUAGUGACGAAAACCAAACAAAUCAGCAGGCUUUUCUGUGACAGCAGGAGUGAAAGAUGGAAGCUUUGUGUAAUCCUGUACAUUAUACUUCAUUACUGCUUGACAAACUGCUGUAACACGAUGUUGUACAGAACCAGAUUAGUUUACUGCAGGUCACAUCAGCCAGCAUUUUCAAUCUUCCAUUUUACACGGUUUCCAAAUAAUUUCCUAUAAUGUUUCUUGGAAAGAAGCAUUUAAUUUGGUACCAAUUAUGGAGAGAAUGAGUUCAAUUAGUCCACUUCCACUUAAUAAAUUCUGGUGAAUGGGUGCCAUAAACUCUGUCUUUCUGAGUACUUUAAUAAGUACACAGCAGGAUAGCAUUAACAUGCAAAAUUGUAUAGUUUUAAAGAUGAGUAGAAUAAAGUUUGCAGCAGUCAGUCAGUAAUGGCUUCAAAUGGAGCUCUAGCUAAUCGCACAGAUCUUUCCAGGAAUUUCUUGUUUGAAUCACCGUUGAAGUGAGGUGUGCAGAGAUUGAGGUGGUGCAUCUGUGUUUCUGUCAGUGUUUUUCAGUCUGUUUCUCCAUCUGUAAAGGUAAUGUGAGCUCAUUUGAAUGUGCUGUACACAAACUGUCACUGUGCUCCCAAAACAUUUUUUGGAAAGCAGUUUUCAUUUGAGUUAAUAAACAGUCUGGUGUUGUGGAGGUUUGAGCAGGUUGAAGAGGAGACGAUGUUGUGCAUGAAAGAAACAUUUUCUCCCUUCCCACAAAUGAUUUUCAUGUUUCUGUGGACCAAAAUAAAGUAAAUCUUAAAACA